AUGGUAUGUGGGAGUUGCAUAAGAAGUGCAAUUGUUCAAGCUGGGCAUAUAGAAGUGUUCACCCAAGGGAGGGUGCAGCUAAGCAUUAUCAGGAGAAUUUUGCACGUGGGUCUUGGCUCAACUUAUAUAAGGAACCGUGAGUUUAGAACAAGUGUGAAGAUGAUGGUUGAUUCAACAGCAACUGCAAAACGGGCAUCAAUAGUUGGUCUUCAGCCAGAGAAGGAUGAGGAUGGUGGAUACGUUAGUGGAGGGUGGAAAAGUGAAGAUGGAAGCCUGAGCUGUGGUUAUUCAAGUUUCAGAGGGAAGAGGCUGACCAUGGAGGAUUUCUAUGAUAUCAAGUCUUCCAAGAUUGAUGGGAAGAGAGUCUGCAUGUUUGGAAUCUUUGACGGUUAG